UCGCUUUACAAUUGUCAAUCGGGCGUAACAUUUUGGUUUUUUGAGAAAUGAAAUGCACGCUGUAAUUUUAGAAAUUCCAAUAGGCAUUUAUUUAAGUGGCGUUUUAAUUCCUUUGCCGUUUUCUCAAGACUAAACCAACCGAGAUCAAGAGCUAAGCCAGAAUAAUAAAAAACAUUAAAAAAACUUCUCCUGGGGAGUAAAAACGAAAUUGGAGUUGUAUAUCAUUACGCUUUUGAGAAGUACAUCAUUAAGCACAACAGAACAGCAGCAUGUCAGAUGCCGAGACAUUGAAGUCAGCUUUUCUGGCGUUUUCGAACUUCGGGGCGGGAGCGAACAAGCAGAAAAACGAAAUGGAAUCGAAGAACUUCAAGAAACUAGUGCAAGAAUGCGGCCUGUUCAAGAAAGGAAAGCUAGAUGGGGCUGAGGUGGACAUGAUAUUCACCAGAUGCAAGGGACCCAUGCCAUGUCGGAAUAUUCUGUUCGAUAGUUUUAAAGACAAAGCUAUUCCUCAACUCGCUACGGCUGUGUACGGAGACGACAGCGAGGAGAACAAGAAGCAGAUCAUAGAUGCAAUCACCAGCAACUCCCCAAAAGUGAACUCAUCUGUGAAGAUGUGUUCAAUUGGAGUAGUGGACAGACUCACUGAUCCAUCGAAGUACACUGGAGCACAC